AUGCCCGAGCCCAAUGUUGAGUCUGACGCUGAAGGUGCAUCCGAGGUUGUGACCGUCAAGCAAAAGAAGGGCACUGCUGGGCCUUCUCGUCGUAAGCUGGUGAUUCCUUCACUGCCACAUGGUCAUUUUAACAGGCCUUCCAAGCAUCCUCGCUUCGAUGACUCUGACCUGGAUGACAUCAUGAUGCAGCACUUCCAUGCUGGCACCAUCGUUGUCCCAUCGACCAAGGUCCUCAAGCCGCACUCGUCGAAAGGCAAAGCUCGUGCAAAGGGCUCCUCCAAGAAUGUGGCCGUGAAGUUAGAACUGACUUGUGCUUCGCCAGCCACCAUCGAGCCUUCUGCAGCCAGUACGCAACUCGAGCAGAUGAUUGAGCUCUCGCAGCAGCCUCCUUGCAAAGAAUUGCACCUUGAGGGCUCGCAAGUCAUGAUAUCGUUGGUGCGCUGGGCUUGGGCUGGGGUGAUGCAAAGCAGGCUGUCCACAUAG